AUGGAGCAACAGUCUGCCUGGGAGAGCGACAAUGCCGUCAAGCUCGUGGACACUCAACGAGACGCACUCUACAAUUACAACGCAGACGAGCAGAAGAAAAUCAACAGUGCUAGACCAUGGAAAGCAGACCCCCAUCAUUUCAAGUACGUUCGCAUAUCCGCUGUUGCGCUGGUGAAGAUGGUCAUGCACGCUCGAUCGGGAGGGGAGAUUGAAGUGAUGGKCCUCAUGCUGGGCUACGUGGAACAUGAGACGUUCAUCGUCACAGACGCGAUGCGUUUGCCAGUGGAAGGUACCGAAACACGGGUCAACGCACAGGAUGAGGCGAACGAGUACAUGAUCAACUUCCUGCAAAAGUCGAGAGAAUCGGGACAGCUGGAGAAUGCGGUGGGAUGGUAUCACAGCCAUCCUGGCUACGGCUGCUGGCUCUCGGGAAUCGAUGUCUCCACCCAACAUAUCCAGCAACAGUUCUCCGAUCCCUUUCUGGCGGUAGUGAUCGAUCCGCACCGCACGAUCAGUGCUGGAAAGGUCGAGAUCGGUGCUUUCAGAACAUAUCCAGAGGGCUACAAGCCGCAGGGCCAGGAUUCUGUGUCGGAUGGCAUGGCCGCCGUGCCCAUGGCCAAAGCGCAAGACUWUGGCGCGCAUGCGGACAGGUACUACCCACUCGAAGUCUCACACUUCAAAUCCACACUCGACGGGAAGCUGCUGGAAGCUCUAUGGAACAAAUACUGGGUUCAAACGCUAUCCUCGUCCCCACUCGAGACGAAUCACGACUAUGUCACAGCACAAAUCGAGGAUCUCACAGCGAAGACGAAGCAGGUUCUGGACAGUGCAAAGCAGAGACCUGGUAUAACGCUUGGUCCCCAGCGUAAGAAUAAGAGCGGUGGCGACGAGCAAAUGGCCAAGGUGGCAAAGGCGGCCGAGAAGAUUGUCAACGAAGAGAAGACGGGUCUCAUGGCCGCACUCAUCAAGGAGCAGGUAUUUUCCAGCAGCGUUCCGGAGCUUGCACAGGCCGUCAUGGCUGGGGAGGCACAUGGUGCCGACACGGACAUGGCGGACGCAAAGGCGGAGUGA